AUGGAUGAAAAAGAACAGGUGGGAGAACCGCCGAAUGUUCCACCAAAAAUGAAUGAUCCAGGAGAGUUCAACAUUUCUUGCACCAUUAGGGGGAUGAAAAUCCCACAUGCACUAUGUGACUUAGGAUCGAGCAUCAAUGUUAUGUCAUUGAGAAAAUUCAAGGAAUAUGAGAUAUGUGAUAUUGUACCGAGCAACAUGACACUAACUUUGGCUGACUCAUCUGUAACUCGUCCGUUUGGUGUUGUACAAGAUGUUCUAGUUCAUGUCGAUAAGUUGACCUUCCCUGCAGAUUUUUUGGUGAUCGACAUGAAAAAUGAUUCGGAAGGGUCGGUGAUUCUCGGGCACCCAUUUUUGGCCACCGAGAAGGCUAAAAUAGAUAUGGAUACUAAUGAGUUAAUUUUGAAGUUUAAUAAGGAGAAGGUAGUGUUUCAUGCAUAUCAAUGGACACCGUUUAUGGAGGAUCUUGAGACAUGCUAUCAAUUGAAAGAGAAAGAUAAUGAAGGUCACAAGAGGAUGAAAAAAGUAUUUUUCACCGGCGUGAGGGUACCCCUUACUUCUGAUGUGUUUUGA